AUGCAUCUGCCCGGCCACCUCCUGCCUGCCCUGGUCCUGCUCCUGGGUGUACUCUGCCCGGCCCUGACCAGGAGCCCCCGCUGCCAGGACCCAGCCCCCUCCCUCCCUGACCUCUUGGCCUGGGCCCCAGAGCAGGUGAACAGCGUCCCAGGCUGCCUGGGGUUUCGGGGGGGGGAUCGCCCUGCCCCAGGCCACCAGGCUGUCCCUCUCCUAGCAGCAGGGUCCCCGGGCCAGGCCUGGGUCCCCAACCACUGCAGGGCCCCCAGCGAGGCUGCAUGCAACUUUGUGUGCGACUGCCCAGACUGCUCCGACGAGGCCCAGUGCGGUUACCACGGGCUCUCACCCGCCCCGGGCACCCCCUUCGCCUGUGACUUGGAGCGAGACUCCUGCGGCUGGCGGGACAUCAGCACCUCGGGCUACAGGUGGCUCCGAGACCGGGCAGGAGCCACACUGGAGCCUCUGGGGCCGCGCUCAGACCACACUCUCGGCACAGACCUCGGCUGGUACAUGGCUGUUGGCACCCACCGCGGGAAAGAGACAUCCACGGCAGCCCUGCGCUCCCCCGUCCUGCGUGACGCCGCCCCGACCUGCGAGCUGAGGCUCUGGUACCACACAGCCUCUGGAGAUGUGGCUGAGCUGCGGCUGGAGCUGACCCACCGGGCCGAGACGCUGACCCUGUGGGAGAGCUCCGGGCCCUGGGGCCCAGGCUGGCAGGAGCUGGCGGUGGCCACUGGCCGUAUCCGGGGCGACUUCUGGGUGACCUUCUCUGCCACCCGAAACGCCACUCACAGGGGCACUGUGGCCUUGGAUGACGUGGUCUUCCGGGGCUGUGGGCUGCCCACCCCCCAGGCACGCUGCCCCCUGGGGUACCACCACUGCGGGAACACAGCCUGCGUGGAGCCCCAGCAGCUGUGUGAUGGAGAGGACAACUGUGGGGACGGCUCCGAUGAGGACAUGCCCACCUGCGGCCGCCACACAGUCACUGACUUUGAGACGGGCCUGGGCCCAUGGAACCACCUGGAUGGCUGGGCCCGGAAUCACAGUGCCGGCCCCAGGCCCCCAGCCUGGCCGAGCCGGGACCACAGCCACAACAGCGCCAAGGGCACCUUCCUGGUCUCCACAGCUGAGCCCAGCACCCCCGCUGUCCUCUCCAGCCCCGAGUUCCAAGCCUCAGGCACCCACAACUGCUCGCUGAUCUUCUAUUACCACCUGCAUGGGUCCGAGGACGGCUGCCUCCAGCUGUUCCUGCAGAUUCAGAGCCCAGGCGCCCCCCAGGGCCCUGUCCUGCUGCGCAGGCGCCAUGGGGAGCUGGGGGCCGCCUGGGUCCGAGACCGGGUCGACAUCCAGAGCGAGCACCCCUUCCGGAUCCUGCUCACAGGACACACGGGCCCAGGCGGUGUGGUGAGCCUGGAUGACCUCAUCCUGUCGGACCGCUGCAAGCCAGUCCCAGAGGUGUCUAGAUCGCCUCCUGGGCUCCCGGCCACAGCACCCUGGCACCAGCCGUCCAGCCUGCAGCCCCGGGACUUCUGCGAGCCAGGCCAUCUUUCUUGCGGGGACCUGUGCAUCCCCCCAGAGCAGCUCUGUGACUUCCAGCAACAGUGCGAGGGGGGCGAGGAUGAGCAGGAAUGCGGUACCACGGACUUCGAGACCCCCACAGCAGGGGGCUGGGAGGAUGCCAGCGUGGGGCGGCUGCAGUGGGGGCGUCUCCUGGCCCCAGAUGCCCACAGGGCCGCUGCUGGGCACUUCCUGUCCUUGCAGAGGGCCUGGGGACAGCUGGCCUCAGAGGCCCGGGUUCUCACACCUCCCCUGGGCCCCUCGGGCCCCCAAUGUGAGCUUCACAUGGCUUACUAUUUUCAGAGUCACCCCCAAGGCUUCCUGGCCCUGGUCGUGGUGGAGGGCACCAACCGAGAGCUGGUGUGGCAGGCCGUGGGCAGCACCCAGGGCUGGAGGAUGGACAGAGUCCUGCUUGGCGCACGCCGCCGGCCUUUCCGGCUGGAGUUUGUUGGACUGGUGGACUUGGAUGGCCCUGGCCAGCAGGGCGCCGGAGUGGACGCUGUGGCCUUGAAGGACUGCAGCCCCACGGCAGCCACUGAGAAGGACUCAGAGGUCUCCUGUAACUUCGAGCGGGACAUGUGCGGCUGGUACACCGGCCACCUCACCGAUGCCCACUGGCGCCGGGUCCAGAGCCGUGGCCCCGGGUAUGACCACACCACGGGCGAAGGCUAUUUCUUGCUCCUGGACCCCACGGACCCCCCAGCCCGGGGCCCCGGCGCCCACCUGCUCACCCAGCCCCAGGUGCCAGCAGUCCCUCAGGAGUGCAUCUCCUUCUGGUAUCAUCUCUAUGGACCCCAGAUCGGGACCCUGCGCCUGGUGAUGAGGCGGGAAGGAGAGGCGGAGACACUCUUGUGGUCACGGACCGGCACCCACGGCAACCGCUGGCACGAGGCCUGGGCCACCCUCCACCACCAUCCGGGCUCUGGCGCCAAGUACCAACUGCUGUUCGGGGGCUUCCGGGACGGCUACCGCGGCACGAUGGGCCUGGAUGACGUGGCCGUGCGGCCCGGGCCCUGCUGGGCCCCCAGGCGGUGCUCCUUCGAGGACUCAGCCUGCGGCUUCUCCAGUGGGGGCCAAGGCCUCUGGACGCGCCAGACCAAUGCCACGGGCCACGCCGCCCGGGGCCCCCGCACUGACCACACCACGGAGACGGCUCAGGGGCACUACAUGGUGGCAGACACGAGCCCACAGGCCCUGCCCCGUGGCCACUCGGCCUCCCUGACCUCAGCGGAGCACCGGCCUCUGGCCCAGCCUGCCUGCCUGACCUUCUGGUACCACCUGAGCGUCAGAAACCCAGGCACCCUGCAGGUCCACGUGGAGGAGGCCGAAAGGCGGCAGGUGCUCAGCAUCAGCGCCCACGGAGGGUUCGCCUGGCGCCUGGGGAGUGUGGACGUGCAGGCCGAGAGGGCCUGGAGGGUGGUGUUUGAGGCGGUGGCCGCCGGCGUGGAGCACUCCUACAUCGCGCUGGAUGACCUGCUGCUCCAGGACGGGCCGUGCCCUCGGCCAGCUUCCUGUGACUUUGAGGCAGGCCUGUGUGGCUGGAGUCACCUGGCCUGGCCCGGCCUGGGAGGACACAGCUGGGACUGGAGCAGCGGGGACACCCCCUCCCGCUACCCCCAGCCCCCGGUGGACCACACUCUGGGCACAGAGACAGGUCACUUUGUGCUCUUUGAAACCAGCGUGCUGGGCCCAGGGGGCCGGGCGGCCUGGCUGCGUAGCCAGCCUCUGCCCGCCACCCAGGCCUCCUGCCUCUGCUUCUGGUACCACAUGGGCUUCCCCGAGCACUUCUACAAGGGCGAGCUGAGGGUGCUCCUGAGCAGCGCCCGGGGCCAGCUGGCCGUGUGGAGCGCGGGCGCCCGCCUGCGCCACCAGUGGCUGCUGGCCCAGGUGAGCGUGGCCAGCGCUGAGGAGUUCCAGAUCGUGUUUGAGGCCACUCUCAGCGGCCAGCCGGCCAUGGGCCCCAUCGCCCUGGACGAUGUGGAGUACCUGGACGGGCAGCACUGCCAGCCACCUGCACCCGGCCCAGGGGACACAGCGCAGGCCACCUUAGUGCCAGCCGCGGUAGGCGGUGCCCUCCUCCUCCUCGUCCUCCUCGUCCUGCUGGGACUGGCCGGCCGGCGCUGGCUGCGGAAGGGGGGCGGCCCGUGGCGGGGUGACACAGCAGCCGUGGCCCCCGGCUUCGACAACAUCGUCUUCAAUGCGGAUGGCGUCACCCUGCCAGCUUCGGUCACCGACAACCAGUAGAUGCCACGGCGCAGGGAAGAGUCUGGCUCCGCACAGGAGGGUCCCCACCCCGGGCUCCCCGCAGACACACCAAGGCGCAACCCC